AUGCAGAAGCCAUUUCCUAGUGGCUUCCCAGGCAGGAAAUGGUGGAAGAAUUUUUUCACAAGAUGGCCAAGUUUGAGUGAGCGAAAACCAGAGCACUUGACCAUUCAGCGUGGAAAAGCAGGAUCGACUGAAGUAGUGGAUAAAUUCUUUUCCAAUCUAGAAAAGAUCUUGCAAGAGGAGGGUCUCCUGACUCUACCAUACAGUGAAUUGGGGAGACGUCUGUGGAACUGUGAUGAGACUGGACUAUGUACAUCUGUUACAUCAAAAAAAGUAAUAGUACGAAAAGGCCAAAAAGAUGUCUAUAAGAUUGACACGGGUUCUGGCCGUGAUAACAUCACAGUUCUUGCUUGUGGAUCUGCGAUAGGAGAACGCGUCUUGCCAUAUGUUGUCUAUAAGGCCAAGACUACAAAUCCUAGCUGGAUGGAAGGUGGUCCCCACGGUUGCAUGUUCAGUGUCAGCAACUCAGGAUGGAUGGAAAGCGCUCAGUUCUCUGAAUGGUUCAUUCAGAUGUUUUUACCAGCAACAAAGCUUCUUCGACUGACAGCUCCUGUUGUUUUACUUCUUGAUGGCCAUGGCUCUCAUGUCACGUUAGAGCUAGGAACAGAAGCUGCAAAACAGAAUACUAUCAUCAUUUGUCUACCACCCCAUACAACACACAUCCUUCAACCACUAGAUGUCUCUGUUUUCAAAUCUGUAAAGCAUGUGUGGGCACGACUUUUGAAAGAAUUCAAAAGUGAAAAGUUUGAGGCUGUGGUCUCUAAACGUAGUUUUCCAUUCUUGUUGAGUCAGCUGUGGAAAGAGAGCUUUUUUCCUGAGCACUUAGUAAGUGGAUUUCGUGCCACUGACAUCCACCCCCUUAACAGAAGCAUAAUUAGAGAAGAUAAGCUAAAGCCAUCGGAAGCCUAUUCAGGUACAUCUAUAGAACAAGCCUUGUCAGCUACUCCUGUAACAGAACGUGUCACAGGAAUUUUUAAGAAACACUUCCAAACAAUUCAAGAGACAAAAGCUUAUGUGAAAGGAAGUAGAUUACAACCAGGCUACUAUGGUGAAGCGCUAACAAGCGAAGCAGCGAGAAAUGCAAAAGUCAAAGGCUAA